CUUGCCACAUCCAAUAUGGCGGCGACGUUGACGUACGGCUCAGCGCUCGAUGGGGCGUCUACGUUUAUAUGUCUAUGUCGUUUCUAUAAUACAUCCAUGGUCUAUGUUCACCACCCCCGAGUUCACAUUCCAACAUGGCUGCCCCGGUUGUAAACAGUAGCAGAGAGCUCUGUAAAAAUUCGUAGCACUUCAUUCUAGUUUUGGUCACACUAAACCAGUCGUAUACAAGUAUUGUUCGGCAUAUAUAUAUGCUGCUAUAGUGUAAUUUACAUUUUUCAUGUGGUAUAUGCGAACUACAAACUUGUUUACCUACUUUGUAACUGGAACGCUGAUAACUCGGCUGUGACGUAAUUCCCAGUUCCCAGUUCCGACUUCCGAGGUAAAUGGAACGCAGCAGGUUAAGUCCCUCCACCGAGUUCGUGUUUAACAAAAUGGGGUCAUGCAAAUUAGGGUUACAGAACUACUUAUGUCUCUAAAUGUUGCAUCUUCCUAAAAUAAGUUCCUGUCCACACAUUUGGUGUUUACUGAACCAGCUUGCAACAUACAUUCUCUUGAUUUAGUCUUCUAACACCUUUUACCUUAUCAUUCUUAGUACGCCCCGUCCUGGCUGGACUAUUAACUGCAACAUACAUGUUACUGUUUUUUACUCCAUAUAACUAAAUGUAAGAACAAAGAAUAUAACAAAUCAAAGGAUCCGCUGCGAUAACACACUAAAGAAGCAGGAAAACAUUAUGUAGCCUUUCACUGAGUUUCUGUUGGGCUUUGUGGGGAUUACACUAAACUAUACAAUAAAAUUACAGUUAAUCUGUUUCUAUAGUUAGGAUUGUCCCUCCAAUGUUUCACCACAGAGACACUGCUCUCUUCUUAAAUUAAAUAGGCUUUGGCUUAAGGUUUUUUCUCCCACUAAGGGAGUUUUUACCUGCCCUUGUUUAUGUUUAUGUAAUAAUUGCUUGGGGGUCAUGUUCUGGGUCUCUGGAAAGAUCCUACUGUCAACUUCUGUUGGAAUAGACGCUAUAUAAAUAAAAUUGAAUAAAAUUGAAACUUGAAUUGAAUAGGUGUAACAGAAACUAAUAGUUUAAACGGGUAAUUCACAUGAAGCUAGUUGAGUGAAAAAACAAAUUAAGCUCCGCCCACUGAAAUCCUGCCAAGUGCUUUCCUUUACGUCCGCUGAUCGGAAAUAAAUCCUGCCCACCAGCGAGCUAAAUUCAUCUUCGUCUGUGUCGACGUGCAGAAUCACAUCGUAAAGAUGAGCGGCAGAGGAAAAGGCGGCAAGGGACUCGGGAAAGGAGGCGCCAAGCGCCACCGGAAGGUGCUCCGCGACAACAUCCAGGGAAUCACCAAACCCGCCAUCCGCCGUCUGGCUCGGCGCGGCGGAGUGAAGCGUAUCUCCGGCCUGAUCUACGAGGAGACCCGCGGGGUGCUGAAGGUCUUCCUGGAGAACGUGAUCCGGGACGCCGUCACCUACACCGAGCACGCCAAGAGGAAGACGGUGACCGCCAUGGACGUGGUGUACGCGCUGAAGAGACAGGGACGCACCCUGUACGGAUUCGGAGGUUAAACAUCUGAUCAGACCUGAACAAAACGGCUCUUUUAAGAGCCACCCACUUACUGUAAGAGAAAUAAAUUCCUUUAGGUUCAUACUUUGUUUGAAUUGUAUUCUGGUGAAUCCAGCGAGUUCAGCAAACCAGAAUAAAAUCAGGUUUAUUAGACACUUUAUUAAUUCCGAGGGAAAUUCAAGUAAUAAGGUCCCUUAAAUUAUGAUAAAACCAUGAUUUUUUGUUUUUUUUUAAAUGUGUGCAAAGCAUGUAUUGAGGCCAAAAAAAAGAACCUGCUUAUUGUCAAGACUAAAAUUACAUCAACAGAUUGUUCAAUUGUAUACAUGAAACCAGAAAUAAAAACUUUUUUUUAAAUACACCACAAUACAAAAACCCUCAUUCGAAUUUUGAACAAUCAAACAUUCAUUUUCAUUUCAUUCAUUUUAUUCUUUAUUUCAUUCAAAAAACAAAACAAUUGAAUACAAAUACAAAUACAAAUGUUCCUAACUUAUGAAUGAAAAGGGAGCAGAAAGAAGAAGAAUCUUAUCUGAUCUGCCACUUUCACAAAUAACAAAUUAAAAAAUUAAAAAAAACAACUAAGUGAAUAAAAAGAACUAAAAUAAAAUUAAAAUAACAUUAAAUAAAAUUACCACCACCUACGGGUAUGUCAAUCAAACUCAACAUUUUUCGUUAUAUUUCCUUAACAUACAGGCUUUAAUUGUUCUUUUGAAUGUAAUGUUUGAUUUGGAUUCUUUGUUUUCUUUGUUCAGAUUGUUCCAUAAAUUGAUUCCUUUCACAGAAACACAACGUUCCAUCAAUUUUGUCCUGCUUCUUGGUUUGGCAGCACAAUGCAAAGACACAACCAAAAACAAGAAUGUUAAAAAGAAAAAUGCAUAAAAAAAUAAAACAAGCUUUUAACAGAAAUCAUAACAAACUAAAUAUAAAAAAAUAAAAAUAAGAGGCAUAAUUAAAAUGUAAGUAUAUGAAGUAUAAAUUAUCUCCAUGCUACCUCUUCAGGUCACCUCACCGUAUAUUCAUGCUUGGAAGGCCUCAUCAAUGUCAGAAUUUUUAAGAAAAGCUAAGAACUUUCCCCGUAUAUCAUCAAAUUCAAAGGGCUUUUUCUUGACAUAGUAGGUCAGUUUUUCUAGAGCCGGGCAUGACGUUAGAUGUCUCAGCCAGAGGCCUAAGGUUGGACCCUUAACAUUUUUCCAGCACAAGGCUAUUGAUCGUCUAGCUGUAGAAGGCUUAGGUCAACCAUUUGUUUCCCUUAUUGUCCGGGUAGGAAUUCAAAACACACAAUGUGGGGCUUAGAGGAAGUGGGGUGGAAAUAAUUUGUGAGAUAUAUUGCCUCGCC